GCGCUUCAGGUUUGGCAGCUGCUCGCGGUGCGUUUGGGGCCGUGAUGUCGGGACGCGGCAAGCAAGGCGGCAAGGCUCGCGCCAAGGCCAAGACGCGCUCGUCGCGGGCCGGCCUGCAGUUCCCGGUGGGCCGCGUCCACCGCCUGCUCCGCAAGGGCAACUACGCCGAGCGGGUCGGGGCCGGCGCGCCCGUGUACCUGGCGGCCGUGCUCGAGUACCUGACGGCCGAGAUCCUGGAGCUGGCGGGCAACGCGGCGCGCGACAACAAGAAGACGCGCAUCAUCCCGCGCCACCUGCAGCUGGCCAUCCGCAACGACGAGGAGCUCAACAAGCUGCUGGGCCGCGUGACCAUCGCGCAGGGCGGCGUCCUGCCCAACAUCCAGGCCGUGCUGCUGCCCAAGAAGACCGAGAGCCACCACAAGGCCAAGGGCAAGUAGAUCGCGAUUCAACUUGCCACACAACUCUGCGAAACCAAAGGCUCUUUUAAGAGCCAUCUACGACUUUCUGUGAAGAACUGAACACUUUGAAAAACCUUCACUUUACAGCAGUUUAUAUCACCUUCACAACUUGAGUUAAGGGAGGACAAUUUGAUCAGUUAGGUUUUGCAAAAUCUGCAAUUUUUAAAAAAUCCUAUGCCUUCGUGGGAAUAUUAUAAAGCCUGGGUUGCAUU